AUGGCCAGUUCUAGCCAGAAACCGGCUGCCAUAGCUAAUUUACUGGGUAAGCGAAACAUCGGUUUCUUCAAAGAUGUUGGUGAAGUUGUUCGUGUUCGACUUCAACUAAACCGCAAGAGCAAGCGUGUGGGCUGUGGCUUUGUUGAGUUUGCUUCUGCUGACGAAGCCAAGAAGGCUCUAGAAAAGACGAACGGUAAAUCUUUGCACGACCGUGAGAUUUUUCUGGCUAAUAAGGGAGCUCCACCCAACAUCAAUUUCUUCAAAGGUGCUGCAAAAGUUGUUGGUGUUCGACUUAUUGUAGACCACAAGAAUAAGCAUGUGGGUUGUGGCUUUCUUGAGUUUACUAAUGCUAUCCAAGCAAAGCGGGUGAGUAGUUUUGUAGUAAUGAUGGAAGAAAACCACAGGGGCAAGCUUGUGGGCUAUGGCUUUGUUGAGUUUUCUUCUGCUAACGCAGUAAAGAAGGCUCUAGAAAAGAAGAACGGUGAAUAUUUGCACGAUUGUGAGAUUAUUCUUGAUGUUGCUAAGAUAGAACAACACCCUCCACGACCCCACAUCAAAAUGUUUAAAAAGGUUGGAGAAGUUGUUGGUGUUCGACUUAUUGUAAACCAAGAGGGUAAGCAUGUGGGCUGUGGUUUUAUUGAGUUUGCUUCUGCUGACGAAGCAAAGAAGGUGGCGAUAGGGAUGAAUGGUUAUUCGAUUUUUCUGGGGAGGACUGAGAUAGCUCCAUACCCUUUCCGACCCAAGUACAACUUGUACAAGCUUGCAAAGAAGCUUUGGUACGAAGACAACCUUCGACAAGAAAGCCUUGAUUUGAAGAUCAGACCGAUUCUGAGGACACAACAGGCAAUCUUCUGUGGUAAGAAGAUUACAUUCUCUGACGACACAUGCAACGAUAAAUGA